CGAGCAGUUCUUGGAGCGCUUCCCGGAAGUGCCGGUCCUUGGCUGAGCGGAGGCGCCAUGGCGGACCCCACGGAGGAGCUCGCCAAGCUCGAAUACCUGUCUCUUGUCUCGAAGGUCUGCACUGAGCUCGACAACCACCUGGGCAUCAAUGACAAAGACCUGGCUGAAUUUGUGAUAAACCUCGCAGAAAAAAAUACAGCCUUUGAUGUAUUCAAAGCAGCCUUGGUGAAGAAUGGUGCUGAGUUUACAGAUUCCCUCAUCAGUAACCUGCUGCGUCUUAUACAGACAAUGCGGCCUCCUGCAAAACCUUCCACUAGCAAAGAUGUUAUUAAAUUGAAAACAGAAAAAGAGAAGUUCAAGGAGUUGUUUCCAGCUCUGUGUAGGCCAGACAAUCCCGUUGUCAGGACAAUGCUGGAUGAAGAUGACGUGAAGGUGGCUGCUGAUGCCCUAAAGGAGCUGGAAGCUUUAAUGCCAACGGCAGGCAAGCAGGAGAAACACCGGAGCAAUGAGGACCAGUUGAAGAAGAAGCGUAGGAGUCGCAGCCGCAGUAGAGAUCGGGAUCGGAAGCAGAAGCGGAAGCCGUCCUCUCACUCCCGGACACGGGAACGGAAUAAGGGUAAAUCCAGGUACCGCUCUAGGAGCAGAAGCCCAAGCUGGGACCGCAAGGAACGGGAGAAGCCUGGGGAGAAAGGCAGUGAGCGGUGGAGAGAUAAGCAUGUGGAUCGACCACCACCAGAAGAGCCUUCCAUCGGGGACAUCUACAAUGGCAAAGUCACCAGCAUCAUGCAGUUUGGCUGCUUUGUCCAGCUCGAAGGACUCAGAAAGCGCUGGGAAGGACUGGUGCACAUCUCAGAGCUGCGCCGUGAGGGGCGUGUUGCUAAUGUGGCUGACGUGGUGAGCAAGGGCCAGAGGGUUAAGGUCAAAGUGCUGUCCUUCACUGGCUCUAAAACCAGCCUCAGCAUGAAGGAUGUAGAUCAAGACACAGGGGAAGAUUUGAACCCAAAUAGGCGUCGGAACCUCAUUGGAGAGGCAGAGGAGACGGCCAUGAGAAAUCCAGAUAGACCCACUCAUCUAUCCUUGGUCAGCGCUCCUGAGGUGGAGGAUGAUACACUGGAACGAAAGCGCCUCACUCGUAUUUCAGACCCAGAAAAAUGGGAAAUCAAGCAGAUGAUUGCUGCCAAUGUGCUAUCCAAGGAAGAGUUCCCUGACUUUGAUGAGGAAACAGGAAUCCUGCCAAAAGUUGACGAUGAGGAAGAUGAGGACCUGGAAAUCGAAUUGGUAGAGGAGGAGCCACCAUUCCUGCGAGGGCACACAAAACAGAGCAUGGAUAUGAGCCCCAUCAAGAUUGUGAAGAACCCUGAUGGCUCCCUGUCUCAAGCUGCCAUGAUGCAAAGUGCCUUAGCUAAAGAGCGGCGAGAGCUGAAACAAGCCCAGCGGGAAGCAGAGAUGGAUUCUAUUCCCAUGGGGCUCAACAAACAUUGGGUGGAUCCCCUUCCAGAUGUGGAUGGGCGGCAAAUUGCUGCCAACAUGCGGGGCAUAGGUAUGAUGCCCAAUGAUAUUCCUGAGUGGAAGAAACAUGCUUUUGGAGGCAACAAAGCCUCCUACGGCAAAAAGACUCAGCUGUCGAUCAUUGAGCAGCGGGAAAGUCUCCCAAUUUUCCGGCUGAAGGAUCAGCUCAUCCAGGCAGUCCAUGAUAACCAGAUUCUGAUAGUUAUUGGAGAAACUGGCUCUGGGAAAACAACACAGAUCACACAAUACCUUGCUGAGGCCGGCUACACCUCCCGAGGGAAGAUUGGCUGCACCCAGCCUCGCCGAGUGGCUGCCAUGUCUGUUGCCAAGAGGGUAUCAGAGGAGUUCGGCUGCUGUUUGGGACAAGAGGUUGGCUACACCAUCCGAUUUGAAGACUGCACCAGCCCUGAGACAGUGAUCAAGUACAUGACAGAUGGAAUGUUGCUGCGAGAGUGCCUCAUCGACCCCGACUUGACCCAGUACGCAAUCAUCAUGUUGGAUGAAGCCCAUGAGCGCACCAUACACACUGAUGUCCUCUUUGGGCUCCUGAAAAAGACAGUUCAGAAGAGACAGGACAUGAAACUGAUUGUGACGUCAGCCACCCUUGAUGCAGUCAAGUUCUCUCAGUACUUCUAUGAGGCCCCCAUCUUCACCAUCCCAGGCAGGACCUACCCAGUGGAGAUUCUCUAUACGAAAGAGCCAGAGACGGAUUACCUGGAUGCCAGCCUGAUCACGGUCAUGCAGAUCCACUUGACAGAGCCACCAGGAGACAUCCUAGUGUUUUUGACUGGCCAGGAGGAAAUUGACACGGCCUGUGAGAUUCUCUAUGAGCGAAUGAAAUCCCUGGGUCCUGAUGUGCCUGAGCUGAUCAUCUUACCUGUGUAUUCAGCAUUGCCUAGUGAGAUGCAAACACGGAUCUUUGAUCCAGCUCCCCCAGGCAGCCGAAAGGUGGUAAUUGCCACAAACAUCGCUGAAACUUCGCUUACGAUUGAUGGCAUCUACUAUGUGGUAGACCCUGGCUUUGUGAAGCAGAAAGUGUACAACUCCAAGACCGGGAUUGACCAGCUGGUUGUGACACCAAUUUCCCAGGCUCAAGCAAAGCAGCGAGCUGGCAGAGCUGGAAGAACAGGCCCUGGCAAAUGCUACCGACUCUACACAGAGCGUGCUUACCGUGAUGAGAUGCUCACCACCAAUGUGCCUGAGAUCCAAAGGACCAAUUUGGCCAGCACUGUGCUGUCUCUCAAGGCUAUGGGGAUCAAUGACCUGCUGUCUUUUGAUUUUAUGGAUGCUCCCCCAAUGGAAACUCUGAUCACUGCGAUGGAGCAACUGUACACCCUCGGAGCCCUGGAUGAUGAGGGCCUGCUCACACGACUGGGGCGCCGGAUGGCCGAGUUCCCCCUGGAGCCCAUGCUGUGCAAGAUGCUCAUCAUGUCGGUUCACCUGGGUUGCAGCGAGGAGAUGCUCACCAUCGUGUCCAUGCUAUCUGUGCAGAAUGUCUUCUACCGACCCAAGGACAAGCAAGCUCUUGCUGAUCAGAAGAAAGCCAAGUUCCAUCAGACUGAAGGGGACCACCUCACACUUCUGGCCGUUUACAACUCGUGGAAGAACAACAAGUUCUCAAAUCCCUGGUGCUAUGAAAACUUCAUCCAAGCCCGUUCGCUGCGUCGUGCUCAGGAUAUUCGCAAGCAGAUGCUGGGCAUCAUGGACAGGCACAAGCUGGAUGUAGUGUCAUGUGGGAAAGCAACAGUACGAGUCCAGAAAGCCAUUUGCAGUGGUUUCUUCCGGAACGCAGCCAAGAAGGACCCUCAGGAGGGCUACCGGACUUUGAUUGACCAGCAGGUGGUCUACAUCCAUCCCUCAAGCGCCCUCUUCAACCGCCAACCGGAAUGGGUGGUCUACCAUGAGCUCGUGCUCACAACCAAGGAGUACAUGCGGGAAGUCACCACCAUAGACCCCCGCUGGCUGGUGGAGUUUGCCCCAGCCUUCUUCAAGGUCUCUGACCCCACGAAGCUGAGCAAGCAGAAGAAGCAGCAGCGCCUGGAGCCACUUUACAAUCGCUACGAGGAGCCCAACGCCUGGAGGAUAUCACGAGCGUUCAGGCGACGAUGAGCGAUCUUCCGUGCCUGCCAAGAACUGUUGGACAUUCCUGUGUCACCCAUACUUGGGCCAUCUAAUGUCCUGUAAAGGCAGAGGAUGGAGGGGAGUGGGAGGAAGUGCAGCUCUCAACCACACCUGAGUGAGACACCAUGGUUAAUUUUGGCGGUGCCUUUUAUCUUGAAGAGAAAGGUUCCUUUAGUCCUGUCCAAGGAUCAAAAGUUGCUGUGUAAUUUUGGACUGACCUAGCUACUGAAAGGCCUUGCUGAAUUUCAGUUUAUAUGCUGACCUAACCCUUCGGAACUGUUGUAUUUUGCUUUAAAGCAACCCACCACCAGCACAGUUGAACGGCUACACUUUUGGAAGAAGCAGGAAGACGGCCUAGAUUUCUGUAUGGGCUAGUCCUGCUUGGAUGGGGUUUGUCAGGUGUGCUGCAAUGUCAUUGUCCACUUCCUGUCUGAGUCCAAACAGCCCGCAAAGGCUUUUGGUGUAUACUAACAUUUUAUUUUUUAAAAAAAAUGUUCACUGACAUCAGAACUGCUGUCAUUAAAGAACUAUUCCUGUAUUUGAUCAAAAAUAUUCCCAAGCAGCUUUUUUUUAAUUUUAGAAAACAAAAUCUGGGGACAG